AUGGACGCCAUUGGUCGACUGGUGCAUUUUGGGGCGCUCUUGAAGCAGCCCAUCUGCGCACCCGCCGCACGAGAUGCUCUCAAAUAUCUGAGGGCAACGGGUCGUCCGGUGCUUUCUGCGAAUGCUGCACAAGCCAAUCUCAAAAUAUCUGGUCGCAGCAUCGCGUCGGUGAGCACGUACGGUUGCCAGGCCGAGCACUGCGGCAGGGCAACGAAACUCGGCCGCCCGCGGUUCACGGCGUCACCUGCCAGUUUAAUCUUCGUACAACGCGAGACACCCUUCGAACCCCACCCGAGAAGUACACCCAGCUGUAUCCCGAGAAGAACCUUCGCCUCCACCUCUUCCUCUCGGUGCUCAACCAUCAUACCCUCCUCCAUCAUGGCUGACAGAGACAUUCUGCCGGCUACGGUCAAGCCGUCGCACUAUGCACUCUCCAUCUCCGCACUGGACUUCAACAGCUGGACCUACCACGGAAAAGUGACCAUUGAUGCCGAGGUCACUGAGCCCACCAAGGAGAUCAUAAUCAACACUCUCGAGCUCAAAUUGGCCGCAGCCAAAAUCACUGUCACUCAGAACAAGUCGUCACAGACCUAUGAGACCACAAGUUUCAGCUACAAUGAGAGAAAGCAGCGCGCUACGCUUGUCUUUGCGGACGAGAUCCCUGCUUCUCAGCAGACGUCCCUUGAGAUCACGUUCGAGGGCAUUCUGAACAAUGACAUGGCUGGCUUCUACCGCAGCAAGUAUAAGCCCGUCGUUCCGGCUGCCAAAUCGGUGCCCCGGGAUGAGGACUUCCACUACAUGUUCAGCACCCAAUUUGAGUCAUGCGAUGCUCGACGAGCUUUCCCAUGCUUCGACGAACCUCGCCUCAAGGCGACUUUCGACUUCGAAAUUGAGAUCCCUGAUGACCAGGUAGUGCUGUCUAACAUGCCCGUCAAGAGCACCACGCCAACCGUCCAAGGCCGCCACAUGGUAGCCUUCGAACGUACGCCCGUCAUGAGCACAUAUCUCCUAGCUUGGGCCGUUGGUGACUUUGAGUACGUCGAGGCUUUCACUGAGCGUCGUUACAAUGGCAAGCAGAUUCCUGUCAGGGUCUACACAACUCGUGGCCUCAAAGAACAGGGCCGCUGGGCCCUGGAGCAUGCACCUAAGACGAUUGACCUCUUCUCUGAGAGUUUCGGCAUCGACUACCCUCUUCCAAAAUCUGAUCUCCUAGCUGUCCAUGAGUUCACCCACGGUGCAAUGGAAAACUGGGGUUUGGUCACCUAUCGAACGACGGCCGUCCUGUUCGACCCGAAAACUUCUGACGCUCAAUUCAAGAGACGUAUUGCCUACGUCGUUGCCCACGAACUUGCUCAUCAGUGGUUCGGCAACCUGGUCACCAUGGAUUGGUGGGAUGAGCUGUGGCUCAAUGAAUCCUUCGCCACAUGGGCCGGCUGGUAUGCGGUUGACCAAUUCCAUCCUGACUGGCAGGUCUGGGCAACUUUCCUGACUGAUGGCAUGGAAUCAGCCUUUGCUCUUGAUUCUAUCCGUGCGUCCCACCCCAUCCACGUGCCAGUCAAGGAUGCUCUGGACGUCAACCAAAUAUUCGAUGCCAUCAGCUACCUGAAGGGUUGUUCCACACUACGCAUGUUGGUCAACCAUCUUGGCACUAAGGAUUUCCUGAAGGGCGUGGCUAUCUAUCUAAACAAGCAUGCUUACGGCAACGCCAAGACUGAAGCUCUUUGGGCUGGUCUAGCUGAGUCAUCGGGGGUUGACGUUGACGCACUCAUGGGCAACUGGAUCAAGAAGAUAGGAUUUCCCAUGUUGACCGUCGCUGAAGAGCCUGGCCAAAUCACCGUCAAGCAAUCCCGCUUCUUGUCAACUGGUGAUGUCAAGCCAGAAGAGGACGAAACGGUCUGGUGGGUUCCCCUGGGCUUGCAGGGCAAGGCGGGCACCCAAGACGUUCAGACUAUUGCACUGACAGCCAAGGAGGACACCAUCCGCGAUGUUGAUGAUGACUUCUACAAGCUGAACCACAAUGGUACCGGUUUCUAUCGCACCAACUACCCCCCUGCCAGGCUAGCCAAACUUGGAUCCCAGCUUGACAAGCUCACUGUUGAUGACAAGACCUCCAUCAUCGGCUCAGCCGCUGCUUUGGCGAGAUCAGGUUACGGUACAACUCCUGCCUUGCUAUCUUUCCUUGAAAGUUUCAGCGGUGAGACUAGCCAGGUUGUCUGGGCCCAAGCCUUAGAUUCUUUGAACGCUGUCAAGUCCAUCUUCAACGACGAUGAUGCUAUCAAGGCUGGUUUGGAGAAGUUUACGUUGAAGCUGAUCAACGAUGCUGUUGAGACCGUGGGUUGGGAGCCCAAGGGUGACGAGGGGUUCCUUGUUGGACUCCUGCGAAAGCGACUUCUCCUGAGUGCUGUAGCUAACAACCAUCCCAAUUCGCUCGAGAAGGGUGCCCAAUUGUUCGACACUUGGAGCAAGGAUGGCACCGGGCUGAACCCCAGCUUGCGAUCGGUAGUGUACAGAGCUGGUGUCAAGACCGAUCCUGCCAAGGCAUUCGACGUUCUGAAGAGGGAAUGGGGAACGUCCACGUCACCUGAUGGCAAGGACUUCGCGCUCGCCGCUGUAGGCCAUAUCCGUGAUGAAAACCUUAUCAACAACAAGGUCAUCCCGUUCCUGUUCAACAUGAGCUCCGACUCGGUCGCCUCUGCGGAUAUGCACUCGCUCGGUGCCGUCCUGUCAGGCAACUCGGCCGCGCGACCGCUCCUCUGGAAGUUCUUCCAGGACAACUAUGACCUGGCGACCAAGAAGAUGGCAAACCCCAUCGUCCUCGACCGCUUCAUCCGCGUCACGCUCAACAAGUUCACCGACGCGAAGUACCUCGACGAGAUCGACGCCUUCUUCCGCGGCAAGGACACGUCGGCCUUUGACCGCACCCUGGAGCAGGUCAAGGACGUCGUGCGCGGACGCGCCGCCUACCGCCAGCGCGAUGCCGCCGCCAUCAAGGAGUGGCUGGCCGCCAACCAGUAUAUCUCCUAA